UUUAUAUAGAUUAUAUAAACUUUUUUUAAAAUUAUUUUCCCUUAGUAAUAUUCGAUAUUCUUUUGUUCUUACAUGUUAAAAAUAUUUUGAUUGCUUGGAAAAAAAUGUUAUAAAAAUGAUAUGGUAAGAUGAGUGCUAGUAAUUCAAACGACUCGUGGCUAUUCUCAUGUUACAUAUUCCAAAUCUCAAAAAUUCUCCAUAGAUAAAAGUAUUUUUCCAAUGAUUAAAAAUCCUCCUUAAAAUGAAAAAAAUUCUACCAUAGGGGAAAAUACUGCACACUUGAUAUUCAAAAAGUGUCCCAUAUCAGUUUUACAAUGGAAAUGGAUACUCUUGCUAAUAAACGGAGAAGAGUUUCGUCCCCAUAUGAAAAUCUUGAUUGGAAUAUUCUGAACCAUUUAGAGAAUGAUUUGCCAGAUGAAUUGAUGAAUUCAUCUAUUUCUACAUCAAGUUAUGGAGGGAAUAGUCUUAAAAUUGCUAAUGGGCCAAAUGCUAAUAUUGAAUCAGAUGCACAAAAAAAUCCUCAAUUAGCACAACUUUUAAACCAAUCUCCAUCAGCUUCAUCUUUCCAUAGCCCUCCUUUAACUUCAAUACCAGAUCCUCACGCUGUUCCAAAUCCUUAUAGUCGUCCUAAUGUUAAUUCUCACAAAAGUCCUUUGCAUGCAUCUUUACAUAAUUCCUUCUUUCCAGCUGCACCAAAAAAGAAUUUUUCUACAAUUAAUAGAAUGAAUAGUAAUAUGGUUAACAACAUUAAUAAUAAUAUGAACCAAAAUCAAUUAAUAUCAAAUUGCCAAAAUAAUCCUUACACAAUGUUAAAUGUUGAUCAAAAUUUACAGAAUAAUCAAUCCACAAAUGAUGUGUCUGGGAUUAAUAUAAAGAGUUCAUUUGCACUCACAUCUAUGAUACCUAGUAGUGCAAUAUAUCAACAAGUUCCUCCAAAUAUACAAAUUGUUAACACCUCUCCAAUAUCACUUCAACUACAGCAAACACAAAAAAUUAUGCAGCAUAUGGUGCAAAGCAAUCUUACAUUGAAUCAGGGCAAAAAUAUAAUGACAUCUAUGGUUUCGUCUGCACCAUCUACUCAGCAUGUUGCAGAUCCUGAGAAAAGAAAAUUGAUUCAGCAACAACUUGUUUUGCUGCUACAUGCACACAAAUGUCAAAAAAGAGAACAGUUUGCACCAAAUGGGGAGAUAAAACCAGCAUGUACACUCCCACACUGCAAAACCAUGAAAAAUGUAUUAAAUCAUAUGAUGACCUGUACUGCUGGAAAAACUUGCACAGUUCCUCAUUGUGCCUCCUCGCGACAGAUAAUACAACACUGGAAAAAUUGUACAAGAUUAGACUGCACUGUGUGUCUUCCCUUGAAAAGACCCUCUACUCAAACACUGAAUGCGACAUCUCAAAUACUAAACCAAACCUCAAACCUGAUCCCCAAUUCAGGGCAGAUCAACAGCUCACAGGAUUUACAAUUCAUCCCUUCCAUCAUUCAGACCUCUAAUUUCUCUCAGCUGGGCAUCACCAAUAUGAUCCCUCUGAAUGCCAACAAAACGUUAUUCAGCAGCAAUAAUAUGAGUAAUAUCAUGAACAACUCUCUGAACCGAGGUAUGCCACCUCCACCUUACCCACAUAAUUCUCAAGGACCCAUUACCCUUCAUACACAAACAGCCAUGCAAUCGAGCAACCUUAUGCAAAAUCCUCAUUUGGCCCAUUCGACGUUCAACAUAUCAGGGUCGGGAAUGACUUUUAACCAGCAAGACGCUGGAUCGGCAGUCACCUUGCUGAACCCUGGAUCACGUCUCUCCCUACCAUCCACUGGCUCAGGCUCCAAUUUUGCCCUCACUACCUCCGUUCAAUCUGUCAAGGGCAUCCAGCCUUGGCAUUCUCUAGUCACAGAAGAUUUGAGGCGUCAUCUUGUUCUUAAGCUUGUGCAAGCCAUAUUUCCCACCCCAGACCCUACAUCCCUACAGGAUAGAAGGAUGCAACACCUAGUUGCUUAUGCUAAAAAAGUGGAAGGAGACAUGUUUGAAAGUGCCACAAGCAGGGAAGAGUAUUAUCAUUUGCUGGCAGAAAAGAUCUACAAGAUCCAGAAAGAAUUAGAAGAAAAGCGGCACGAGAGGCAAAGACUCAAGGAAUCCCUCAUGCAACAGAAAAGCUUGCAAAAACAAUAUUCCACAGUCUCCGGCUUUCAACAAAAUCUUAUCAACAAACCUUCGCAAUUAAAUGUCACUUCCAUGCUCCAGGACAACAUCAGUGGUCAGGACAACGAGAUCUCCUUAUCCAAACUCCCAUCUUUACCUUCCGACUCCUCAGGAAUCUCAUCAACUGACCUCAUUGCUCAAUUAAGGUGUAAGAAACCUCCCCCCAACUUAACCAUCCCCAAACAAUUUCAGGGCCUUCCUUCGGCUCUUUCCUCCCUGCCCACUGGUCAAUACCACAAUAACAAUUCCAUGAUGAGCUGUAGUCAGCCACCUGAAAUGAUGCAGCAACAACAUGGCAAUAACAUCAACAUGGGCAAAACUAGUCCCUCUAUGUCCCUAUUGCAACACCAUCUGUCCAUGUCACACCAUCACACUACUUCUCUCUACUUUAACAACCCGCCCCUCAAUUUGUAUUCGAAUUCACAAAUUAAAGACAACUCGUCCCUUUCUGGUUAUGGGACUGAAAUCAAGAUGGAAAAUAAAAGCUUUUUUCAAUCCAACCAGUCCUCUACUAACUCCCUGUUCACCUCAACAAAUCCACCCUUUUUCCAAAUAAAGACCGAAAUCAAAGAGCCUUCGGAAACGGACUCAAUGUUCUCCCGUCAGCCAGGCUCCUUAGUCUCAUCCAUUAAAUCAGAAAACCCUCAACCACUCCCCCUCUUGCCUCCCGCUUGCUGCAAGAGUCCUAAGCUUUCGGCUAUGCUCAAUGGCAGCUUCUUUCGAACGCCUCAACCACUACCACCUGGCUCCACCCCUGCGAGUUAUGCUGCUCGCAAGGACAAAAGACUCGACCGAUGUUUUGAUGAGGUCAAGGAGGAGAUCAACCGCGACGACCAAGAUGAUAAUGACGAAGAUGACAAGGUGGGCAAGGUUAUUGAAAGUGUAGCAGCAGGAGUCGCCACAACUCCCUUGCCCCACGCUCCGAUUGCCCCAUCUUCAUUUGAGGCACCAUUGAUUGAUAACUCAAAUAUAAUAUCAGUGGCAGACACCACUGUCGAGCCCGCUUCGCCACUAAUGUCUAAGCAGACGUCUGCCUCAAUCCUCACCCCCAUCCCUUCAUCGGUCCUAACACCAGCCUCCUUAGGGGGUAGGUCUGUCAAAUCUCAGAUUACCCCCAAUGUCUCCAGUGCAACAACACUUAAACAGCCUUGCAAUCGAAAAAUCUUUCCACCAGAAGAAUUACGACAAUCAUUGAUGCCAACUCUCGAAAAAUUAUAUAGACAAGAUCCUGAAUCUAUCCCUUUCCGUCAACCAGUUGAUCCCACCAUGCUCCAAAUACCAGAUUAUUUUCAAAUCAUAAAAACGCCCAUGGACUUGUCCACCAUCAAGAAGAAGCUUGAUACAGGCCAAUACCGGGACCCCUGGCAAUACAUCGAAGAUAUUUACCUCAUGUUUAACAACGCCUACCUUUACAACCGUAAAACGUCCCGCGUUUACAAAUAUUGUACCAGGCUACAAGAAGUCUUUGAAGCUGACAUUGACCCUAUCAUGAAAUUGCUCGGUUUUUGUUGUGGCCACAAAUUCGUAUUUCAACCCCAAGUGCUCUGCUGUUAUGGCAAUAAGUUGUGCACUAUAGCUAGGGACAUGGCCUACAUGAGCUACAAAAACAAGUACGUUUAUUGCGAAAAAUGCUUCUCUGAAAUUCAAGGAGACACCGUAACCCUGGGUGACGACCCCACUCAACCUCAAACCACUAUCAAGAAAGAAGAGUUUGUUAAAGAAAAGAACGAUAAGCUGGAAACUGAACAGAUGAUCGAAUGUGCAGAAUGUGGAAGAUUGAUUCAUCAAAUUUGUGCCGUUUUCAUGGAACAAAUUUGGUCAAAUGGGUUCACUUGCGACACCUGUCACAAAUUAAAAUCAUCCCGGAGGAAAGAACACAAAUUUAUCUCCAAACGCUUACCGAAAUCUCGCCUGGGCACCUACCUAGAAAACAGAGUCAACACUUUCCUCAAGAAGAAGGAAGCCCCAGGUGCUGGGGAGGUCACCAUUCGUGUUUUGUCGAGUUCGGAGAAGGUGACAGAAGUCAAAUCCCUUAUGAGGGAACGAUAUUCAGAUACUGGGAGAUUCCCCAGCAGCUUCCCCUAUAAAUCAAAAGCCUUGUUCGCAUUUGAGGAGAUAGAUGGAGUCGACAUUUGCUUUUUCGGUAUGCACGUUCAAGAGUAUGGGUCGGACGCACCAGCUCCUAACACUAGACGCAUUUACAUCUCCUACCUGGACAGUGUCUACUUCUUUAGACCCAGCAGUUUUCGAACGGCAGUGUAUCACGAAAUAUUGAUUGGAUAUUUGGAUUAUUGCAAAAAAUUAGGUUAUACAAUGGCACACAUCUGGGCUUGUCCUCCCAGUGAAGGCGACGAUUACAUAUUCCAUUGCCAUCCUCCUGACCAAAAAAUACCCAAACCCAAACGACUUCAAGAAUGGUACAAGAAAAUGCUCGACAAAGGCAUAUUGGACCGUGUUGUUGUGGACUACAAAGACAUACUUAAACAAGCUAUGGAAGAUAAUUUGCAAAGCCCUACAGAUCUACCCUAUUUCGAAGGCGAUUUUUGGCCAAACGCACUUGAGGAGACCAUUAAGGAGAUAGAACAAGAAGAGGAAAACAAACGAAAACAGAUCGAAGCAGCUGCUGCAGCAGCAGCCGCCGCUCUUGCGGAAUCUUCCGUUAAUGAGGACGACCUUGAUAGUGAAGACUAUUUGGGUUUCUCAUCUUUGCAGGGAAAACUCGGCAAGAAGGGUAAAAAGAACAAGAAUAAGAAAUCAACGUUAAAGAACAAGGGGAACUCCCGAAAGAGCAAUAAGCGUGCCAUUUUCCCCCAGGUUUCGAAUGAUCUCUCCGCAAAAAUUUACGCCACCAUGGAGAAGCACAAAGAAGUAUUUUUUGUGGUGAGGCUCCAUUUGCCUGGUGAUGCGAACCACCUUGGGCCCAUCGUGGAUCCUGACCCUUAUACCAACUGCGAUCUGAUGGAUGGACGCGAUGCCUUUCUUUCCUUGGCCCGCGAGAAACAUUUGGAGUUUUCAUCGCGUCGUCGGGCUUUCUACUCGACCUUAGUGAUGCUGUAUGAGCUACACAACCAGGGACAAGACCGCUUUGUUUACACAUGCAACCAUUGCCGCAACCAGGUUGAAACGCGAUACCAUUGCACUGUAUGUGAUGAUUUCGACCUGUGUGUCACAUGCUACCAACAUCAGGGCCACACCCAUAAAAUGGAUAAACUUGGUUUCGAUCUAGACGAUGGAGGCAUAGGUUCGAGCGGAUCAUCCUCUUCAUCAUGCUCCCUAUUGCUAGGAAAUGGAAGCUCAGAUUCGGUCAAACGGGAGGCGGACUUAGCUGAGGCCCGUCAACAAUCCAUUCAGCGCUGUAUCCAGAACUUGGUUCACGCUUCACAGUGUAAGGAUGCCAACUGCCGCCUUUCUUCAUGUCAGAAGAUGAAGCGUGUUGUAGCACACACAAAAGGUUGCAAGAAGAAAGUUAACUCAGGAUGUCCUGUGUGCAAGCAGUUCAUCACACUAUGCUGCUUCCAUGCAAAGAACUGCCCAGAGCCUAAGUGUCCGGUCCCCUUCUGCAACAACAUAAAGCACAAGUUGGCCUUGCAAAAGAAACAGCAACGUUUGGCCCAAGAGCAACAUGCCUUGCGUCGCAUGGCAGCCAUGAACGCUGCCCAGGCCGCCCAAUCCAUCUCGUCAGUGUCUGGUAGUGUGCCCAUUACCCCAGGUCGACUCCCCCAGGGAUCAACUGGUGGUAAAGGUAAUUACUUAGGCUCUGGUGGGCCAUCAAUCCCAAUCGUUUUCAAUCAACAACAUCAGUUACAUUCUGCAACGGCUCCACUGGCUCCACCUCCCAUGGGUGCCCUCCAAGCUGCCCAGAAGAUUCAGCAAAUGGCUAUUCAACAACAACAACAAAACGCGGCUCAGCGCAAUGUGGUACUUGGGGCACCUUUUAACAACCCACCAGGCGGUCAUCAAUUGAUGAUGGGAAUUGGAAAAGGUAACAAAUUCGAAUCCAACUUAAACGCCCCCAAUAACGGCAUUCCAAAUCAGAUGGGGUUGUUAUAUGGCAACCAUAAUACAUCCUUUCUCAGCAGCAAUAACACCAUACAGGUUCCCACAAUCUUUAACAAUCAAAUGGGCAAUGACGGCUCUUUUGUUGCAACUCAUCACUCUCAAGGCGCAACAUCCAACAUUUCCAUUGGGUACAGUGUCACCGCCAAAAAUCCCGUAAAUUUGCAUUCCAAGCCCUUAUGGGAGUCCAACUAUGGAGCUCAAGGUGAUUCAAUCGACCCAUCCAUGGAUAGUGUCUUGAUACAACCCCAACAUCAACUUAAGCAACAAACUGCAAAUAUUAUGUCGCGUCACAAAUUACCAUUACCCCCACAUCAGCUAAUAACUAAUAUUAACAACAAUAAUGCUAACCCUCCUCCAAACUAUGACUUGUCGGUAGGCGAUCUUCAAUCUUUUCUUUCCUCAGCCAAUGCUGUAGCAUCUGACCCCUUUAACCCUAACAAUCAGAACUCACCCCAAAUGCUGCAUAACAAUGCUGGCAGCAAUAAUGUGCCAUUGCCACCUCAGCAACAGAGUUUAUCUAGACAGAACUUUAGUCAUGUGCUGGCAGCUGCGGCUGCUGCUAACUCUAACAAUCCAAAUUCUCAAAAGCUGAGCGCAAUACACCACCUUAUCAACACACUUAAGGCGUCACCCUCGCCUCAGCAGCAACAACAGGUCUUAACCAUACUCAAGAGCAAUCCCCAAAUCAUGGCUGCCUUCCUAAAAUCCAAAACACAGCAACAAGAGCAGCAGCAGCAGAUAGCUGCUGCCCUUCAGCACCAACAGCAGCAGCAAGCCUCCAUCUCAGGUGUGCAGUUGGAUGCCCACCCGCCCAAUGCAUCGUCCACCUUCCUCCAUCCCGUCAAUGCAAAGAUGGAGUGGAACAACAAUGGAAUGAUCGCCACUGGCUCAUCCAACUUUGAAGGUGGCUCUCCAGCUGAUUCUAAUUUACCAAUAUCUAACAUUGACAACACAAACGUUCGCCUUAAUUCGAAUCCCAACCAACAACCCUUCAUUUUAAGGGGUGCCCAUCCCUCUGGGCCACCACUCCUUCAAUCCAAUAAUCCUCUUAAUACCAUGAAUCCCGGAAGAGGUAGAAUGCUAAAUACACCACUCUCCUCCCACUUCAAUUACCUCCAGACCUCAUCAAACGGUGACGAAAACCACUCAUCCUUGCUGCAGCCACAUCCUCAGCACUUGCAGCAAAAUAUAGCGUCACAAAAUCACCCUCUGCUCCAGGCUAUGCAAUUUCAACACUCCAAUAAUACCAAUCAUCUUCAACAAAGCUCUGGCCCUAAUCUCAUCAACAAUAACCCCAUCAAAUUAGGAAACUUUAGCCUAAACCCCAAUUUCAAUGCCAAUAACAUGAACGGUUUGAACUCGAUGCUGCAGCAACAAUUCAGUUCCCGGAGCACUCAACAAAAUCCUAAUAACAAUAAUAACUCUUCUCCCCACUUGUCAACUUUUCAAAGAUUCAAUUCGCCCUCGAUGCUCAUUCAUAAUGUUAGUGGUGGGAAUAAGAACAGUCUAUCAGGCGACCACAAUAACAACAUGAAUCUUGUACACUCACCCCACAAUUCGGUCAAUGCCCCUCUUUCCAACAAAUUUGGCUUGGCAGCCAACCACCCAUCGCCUCAACAGCAGCAAGUCGUCAUGCAACAAAGAAACCCCACAUCGCAGCCACCCCCUUACAUAUCCGGGCCUCCUGGUUCCGCUCUCGCUCAACAACAUUCUCCUCACAGUGGACUUUUGCACGGGACAGCUCGGAAUAAAGCCACUCCCUCUCCUAGAGUUGCCUCAUACCCUUCAAUCUCCCUUCAACAACCUUCCUAUCAUCACCACUCCUCGCCUCACACCCACAAUCUAAUGGGCUAUGGUCUUGACAUACAAGGGGACAAAAGCAUAAAGCCACCAGGCAGUCUGAGCAAUAACAAUUCGAAUACUACCGGAAGUGAUCCACUUACACAUUUCGUAGAUAAAUAAUUGUUACAAAUUUUAUUGAUAAAAUUAUAUUUUUAUAACCGAAAAUGCCCAUAAUACUUUCCCCCUUUUUUAUUUAUUCAUAUUGGGAUAUUUAUAUUGUUUUGAUUGUUUUAAUCCCCCUGCCCAAUAUUUUAACCCCAAACGUGAUAAUAGUUUGAUUAGUUGCCUAUUUAAACAAAAAAUUAUACAUUUAUUGCCUCUUCCCUCUCCCAAAAAAUAUAAUAUAUUAUAAGAUAUAAAAUAAUAUUUAAUAUUUCUUUGUUUUCUUUUUUAUUACUGUUAAAUUAAAAUACAAAUUUACAACUUGAAACAAAAACUUAAAAAAUUUAUUAAAUUUUAUAUAAAAUAUUAUUGAUUUUGAUAAGAGAUUAUUAAAUAAAAAAUAUUUAACCCAAACUACUCGUACACAUAUUAUGGUAAAUAAAAGAAAAUAAGAUUUUCAAGAAUUUGUAUUUUUUUAUUCUCCCCAAGCAAAAUGUUUCUUAUUUUACCCCACCCACAUUGACUGUUUUUAAUAAUAAUAUAAAACAAAUAAAAUGCUUUGAAAUAAAACAACCUUUUUUAAUGAUGGAACGUUAUAAAUAUAUAAUAUAUUAUAAUAUAUUUUGUUUUUAAUAUAUAUUAUUAAUAUAAUUAUUAUACAUAUUUAAAAACAAGAUUUUUAAAAUGUUUCUCCUCGAUGAAUUCUUUUAUCCGUUUCCCCCAAUCCUCAAAAUCUCCUCCAAUCCCUCACACAAAAACAUGUUGAUUUGUACAAAUAUUUAAUUGUUUUCCCAUUUUUUUAAUUUGUUUUUUAUAUUAAAUUUAAUAAUUAUACAUAUUUAAAUUAAAUUAAAACCCAAGUAAGACCGAACUUGGGUUUUAACGUAUUUUCGCAUAACGGGAAGAGGAAGGAGAAAAAAAUACUUAUUUAUUGAAUCAUUUUUACCUUCCCUCUCUCUCAUAAUUUUAUAUAUUUAUAAAUGAUAGAAUCGACCGUUUUUUCCAAAUAUUUGGAUUUGGCAAAAAAUGAGAUCAAAAUAUUUUUUGAAAAAAGAUUCUUUAAUUUCUCCCUUUUCUCCCUCCCCCUAUGCUUU